CAUAUAAUUUAAAAUGUUUAAUUAGAUUGGUGAAGUGUAAAAUCACAAAUAGCUGGUGUUUGGUAAACUGUUGAUGUGCUGGUCGUGGGAAGCAUUGUAUUUCCACAUAAUGACAGUGAAAUGCGUGGCGAGCGCUUCAGGUGGACAACUAAAACACUUCGCCAUAUUUCCGACGGAACGAGAAGGCAUCACAACCCCACCUCCCCCGCCGCCUCUUCGCUCUGGAGGUGAUUAGGGGACGCUGGACUAGCCUAGAGACGCCGCUCCAGCCACUCCCUACGCCCGGCGGACCCUGCACUCUCCAAGUCCAUCCAGAGCUCCAUUCAAAGUCCACGAGAUCCGGAUGAGAGCCACGUUCAGCCUCAUCCAGCGCGGCAGACACGAGUUAAAGUGAAGGCAGCGGGGAAGGGCUUCAGGAGUCAAUCCAGACUUUGGAGAACCACCUCUCGGAUCCUAAUUUUGUCCGUAGAGUGGAUUUAGGACGAGAAGGAACAGCUCUUGCGGAGAUAAAGAGGGGGGGACACCUACAGCCAAAAUGGAGGUGAAGACGUCACUUCUAGACAACAUGAUUGGGGUUGGCGACAUGGUCCUGCUAGAACCCCUUUCAGAAGACUCAUUCCUCGAGAACCUGAGGAACCGCUUUGAUCACAAUGAGAUAUACACAUAUAUUGGCAGCGUGGUGAUCUCCAUGAACCCCUACAGGUCCUUGCCCAUCUACACGCCAGACAAAGUGGAGGAGUAUCGCAAUAGGAACUUCUAUGAACUUAGUCCACACAUCUACGCUUUGGCAGAUGAGGCUUACCGUUCACUGAGGGACCAGGACAAGGACCAGUGCAUCCUCAUCACAGGCGAGAGUGGGGCUGGGAAAACCGAGGCCAGUAAGCUGGUGAUGUCAUAUGUGGCAGCAGUGUGUGGGAAGGGCCAGGAGGUGAAUAAGGUCAAGGAACAGCUGCUGCAGUCCAAUCCCGUGCUUGAGGCCUUUGGAAAUGCCAAAACAGUGAGAAAUGACAACUCUUCCAGAUUUGGGAAGUACAUGGACAUUGAGUUUGACUUCAAAGGAGAUCCUCUGGGUGGAGUCAUCAGCAACUAUCUGCUGGAGAAGUCACGUGUGGUGAAACAGCCACGAGGAGAGAGGAACUUCCACGUCUUUUAUCAGCUCUUGUCUGGAGCCUCUGAUGACACACUCAAAAAGCUGAAGCUGAACCGGGACUUGAGCAAAUACAACUACCUGAGCCUGGACUCUGCCGCGGUCAAUGGGCUGGAUGAUGCAGCCAACUUCAGGACAGUCCGAAAUGCCAUGCAGAUCGUGGGCUUCAUGGAGGACGAGGUGCAGUCGGUGCUGGAGCUGGUGGCGGCUGUGCUAAAGCUGGGCAACAUUGAGUUCAAGCCAGAGUCGCGCUGUAACGGCACUGACGAGAGCCGCAUUAAGGACAAGAACGAUUUGAAGGAGAUGUGUGAGCUGCUGGGGAUCGAGCAGUCAGUGCUGGAAAGAGCGUUCAGCUACCGCACAGUAGAGGCUAAGCUGGAAAAAGUGUCCACUACACUGAAUGUGGCUCAGGCCUACUAUGCCCGAGACGCCCUUGCCAAAAAUCUCUACAGUCGUCUGUUUAGUUGGCUUGUUACCAGGAUCAACGAAAGCAUUAAAGCACAGACUAAAAGUCGCCACAAGGUCAUGGGUGUGCUGGACAUCUAUGGCUUUGAGAUAUUUGAGGACAACAGCUUUGAGCAGUUCAUCAUCAACUACUGCAACGAGAAGCUGCAGCAGAUCUUCAUCGAGCUGACCCUGCGUGAGGAGCAGGAGGAGUAUGUCAGAGAGGGCAUCGAGUGGACCAACAUUGAAUAUUUCAACAAUGCUAUUAUCUGCGACCUCAUUGAGAAUCAUCAAAAUGGCAUUUUGGCCAUGUUGGACGAGGAGUGCCUGAGGCCGGGGACAGUCACCGACGAGACUUUCCUGGACAAACUGAACACCAUCUGUGCUGAACACCAGCACUUUGAGAGUCGCCUCAGCAAGAAUUCCAAGUUCCUCACUGACCACAGCCUGCCACACAAUUGCUUCCGCAUCCAGCACUAUGCUGGGAAGGUGCUGUACCGUGUGGAGGGCUUUGUAGACAAGAACAACGACCUGUUAUACCGGGACCUGUCACAGGCCAUGUACAAGGCCACCCACAGCCUCAUCAAACAGCUGUUCCCUGAGGGCAACCCAGGCAAAGUCAACCUGAAGAGACCCCCAACUGCUGGAUUCCAGUUCAAAGCAUCAGUGGGAACGCUGAUGAGGAACCUGCAGACCAAGAACCCAAACUACAUCCGGUGCAUCAAGCCCAAUGACAAGAAGGCAUCCCACAUAUUCACCGAGUCUCUGGUCCGCCAUCAGGCGCGCUACCUGGGCCUGAUGGAGAACGUCCGUGUGAGGAGAGCAGGCUAUGCUUUCCGCCAGACCUACGAGCCGUGCCUGGAACGCUACAAAAUGCUCUGCAAACGGACCUGGCCCCACUGGAGAGGGCCCGCCAGGGAAGGAGUGGAGGUGCUGAUGGCCGACCUCCAGGUCCCAGCAGACGAGUUCUCCUAUGGACGCUCCAAGAUCUUUAUCAGGAACCCAAGAACGCUCUUUUUCUUGGAGGAGAGGAGGAGGCAAUGCCUGCAAGACCUGGCCUCACUCAUUCAGAAGAUCUACCGUGGCUGGAAGUGCCGCAGCCAGUUCCUGCUGCUGAAAAAGAGUCAGAUAGUGGUGGCAGCAUGGUACCGCCGAUAUGCGCAACAAAAGAAAUACCAGAAGAUCAAGAGCGCCACCACUGUGGUCCAGUCCUACACCAGAGGAUGGCAGGCGCGGAAACUCCUGAGAGAGCUGAAAUAUCAGAAGAGAUGUGAAGAGGCAGUGACCACCAUCGCAGCCUUCUGGCACGGCACCCAGGCUCGGAUGGAGCUGAGACGUCUAAAACAAGAAGCGCGGAAUAAACAUGCUGUGACAGUAAUUUGGGCAUACUGGCAGGGAACCAAGGCACGCAGGGAGCUGAGGAGACUGAAGGAAGAGGCCAGACGUAAGCAUGCUGUCGCUGUGAUUUGGGCCUACUGGCAGGGACUCAAGGUCCGUAGAGAGUACAGAAAAUUCUUCAGGGCAAAUGCCGGAAAGAAGAUCUAUGAGUUCACCAUCCAGAGAAUUAUGCAAAAAUAUUUCCUGGGCCUGAAGAGCACCAUGCCCUCCAUGUCACCCAUAGACAAGAACUGGCCUGCCAGGCCUUACAUCUUUCUGGAUGGAGUUCACACAGCGCUGCGAAGAAUCUUCCAUCUCUGGAGGUGCAAGAAAUACAGGAGCCAGUUCACAGAAGAGAAGAAAGCGGUUUAUGAGGAGAAGCUGGAGGCAAGUGAGAUCUUCAAGGAUAAAAAGGCUCUCUACCCGAGCAGCGUGAGCCAGCCCUUCAAAGGUGACUACCUGGAGAUCAGCAAGAACCCCAAAUAUCAGAAACUCAACAGCGCUGUGGAUGAGAAGGUUCUACUGGCUGAUGUGGUCAACAAGAUUAACAGGGCCAACGGCAAGGGUACAGCUCGAAUCUUCCUGCUGACUAAGAAGAGCUUCGUCCUGGCCGACCAGAAGACUGGCCAGGUGAAGGCCAGUGUUCCUCUGCCAGACCUCACCAGUGUGUCGGUCAGCACACAGAGUGACGGCUUCUUUGCUCUCAGACUCAAAGAGGGUUCGGCCUCAGCCAUUAAAGGAGACUUCUUACUCAGCAGUGAACAUCUGAUUGAGAUCAUCACCAAAAUCCACCGCAUCGGGGCCACGGCUGCAGACAGGGAGCAGCUCAACAUCGACAUCUCAGACGAGUUUCUGGUGCAGUUCAAGCAGGACAAAGUGUGUGUCAAAUUCAUCGAGGGAGCCCCAAAGAACGGCAACAGCGUGUCCUGCAAGCGCAAGAACAACCGCCUGCUGGAGGUGUCUGUGCCAACAUCACCCUAGUGCAGCUCCCUCGCCAGCUCUUUAGCACUGUUCCUGAAUGCUCAGAUUGGCGGGCAAUUAAACACCGAACUACCACCCACUCCCGAACCUCUCGUCUCAAGGUCCAACCCCCCCACCCCCCACCCCAGUGCCCACCCUGAGUUAGAAAAUGACAGUUAUUUGGCUUGUUGUUGUGUUUUUUUUCUUCAGUCUCUUCUUAUCAGAUUUACUAUGGCACCACUUUAGCUGUAACCAUGCGCCACUUUUUUUGGCAAACUCAUCCCUUAUCUGGGUUGCAUGCCACAGGAAUUUGGUCUAAUGUUUCACUGGUGUUAUGUAAAACUGGGGUAAAGGGUUAAAGAUGGAUGGAAAGAAAAUCUUGGUGGCGCACAAGAGACUUCUGUAUACCAGCGGUGAUGUUGAUAAUGAUUGUUCUCUCUGUAUGUUGGAUAAGUCUUUGGAGAAAAUGUCAUUAUGAAAACUUGUGACAAGUGCCAGCCUUAACUGGCAUUGACUCAUCCAUUUUUUAAUAGAUGGCUUAGAAUUUGAGUUGAACUAACUUUUGGGCUUGGCCUGUCAGAUUUAGUUUCUCUGAAGAACUUAAAAUACUGCACUUGUUUUCACCUCGGUGUAACCAAAGGAGUAUCAUCUGAAAAUGAAUUUUGAUUGAAUGUUGUAUGAUUUUUAUAUAUAUAUAUAUUUUUUUUUCAGUGCGCAGUUGAAGUAAAUGUAAUUUGCUAGAUAAUUGUAUCCACAAUUCCUAUGUGCCAAUGAACAGGUCCCAUGACAUGUCACAGGUCAGUGCACAAACAUAGAAAACCCAUGUAGGUGAUGGACUCUGUUCUAUUACUAUUAAUGACAAUACAUUGCCAAACUUUUUCGAAUAGAGGAGCUUGUCAACCUGGCAAUUUCUUUUAAGUUUUGACGGCACUGCACAUGUGAUUAACUUCCAUUUCCUCUACAAGCACAGUAGAAUUUGUGAUCUUUUUGAAGCUUUAUUUUAACUCAUAGGGUGUAGGACUCAUGUAUGAUUCAAAGAAGACCCUCUGGCUUUAUGAGGAACUUGAUUUAAAGAUACUGAUAAAGGCAGUGCAGACACUUCCAGAAGAAGCAAAGCUACUCACACCAGAUUCUGUUAAAAAAAAAAAUUCUGGUGAAAAGUUAGUCAUUUUUUUUGUGUGCAAUAAAUAAAAUGCGUUGUCUCAAUUAUUCCCUUUCCAACAACACAGUAGUGAGAACCCAUAGCAGUCACCCUUACUGUACCAUAAGCUGUACAUAGGCUAUAUAGGCUGUAGCCCUGGCAUGGACAAAGGGUUUCUUUAGUAUCCUAAUUUUAAGUGCUGUUUGUGAAAUAGCUGUUGCCACUGCAGCUUGAGUUAUUGUAGUGCUUGAACCACUCUGACAAAGUGUAUUUUUCAAGGGGAAAGACCAAAUAUUAAGCGCACAUGAACAUAGUGUAUCCGAAGAAAUCAACCAGCUUUUACAACCUUCUAGUACACACAUAAACACACAGGCCAAAUAUGAUAUUUCAAAGAAGCAACAGAGUGCUGUAUUUUCAGGUAUGUUGGCUAUAAUUUAAUUUCUGGUAAUUGUAUUGGUAAUUGGUUUUGUACUGUUGAGUUCUAAGUAAACCAGAUGUUUCUCUGGUGACUGAGGGAAUAACACAGCCAAAGUUGGUCUAGUCAUGUUUUGCAAUCCGGGGUACCUCGGCUUGUAAGUUAUUGUAUGUUUUAAUUUUUUUUAAUGUCACACACGACACAGGGAUCAGUUGUUGCUGUCCCCCUCACGGGAACGUUUGAGCUGAAUGCCAUGCCCCCACGCGCUCUCUCUUCUCUGUUUCGUAUUUGAACAAUGGCUAGAACUUCAAAAUGAUGUCUGCAUUCUUGUGUGCCUAAUGUUAACCUGUGCUGAGAGACAGAACAUGGAAAUGUUUCAAUAGAAUUCAGUGUAACAUUUACAAGUAAUCUUUUUUUAAAUUAAAUAAAAGUCAGUAAUAAAUGUUGUUCUUGGA